UAUUCAUAACUAAUUAAUUAUCCAUCUAUAAAUACGGAUAGCAAGAAACGAAGGAUCAUAUCAUCAAACAGCUAAAAGAAGAAACUAAAGAUGUCUCCUUCAUUGCCUACUAUAUUUCUUGCCUCUCUCUUUCUUUUCUGCCAAAUAUUUUCUUCAAUUGCCCAAGUCCCAGUUGAAAACACCUUCAAAUUCGUCAAUGAAGGUGAAUUAGGACCUUAUGUUGUCGAAUACCUAGGAGAUUAUCGUGCUUUUUCUGGAAUUUUCACAAAUCCAUUCCAGUUCUGUUUUUACAACACUACCCCUAAUGCCUGGACACUAGCUUUGCGCAUGGGCACUGUCAGUUCUGAAUCUCUAAUGCGUUGGGUAUGGGAAGCUAAUAGGGGAAAUCCUGUCAAAGAAAAUGCCACUUUCGCUUUAGGAACAGAUGGAAAUCUUGUCUUGGCCGAAGCUAAUGGUCGAAUUGCUUGGCAAACAAACACAGCCAAUAAAGGUGUCACUGGUUACAAGUUGUUACCAAAUGGUAACUUUGUACUUCAUAACUCAAAGGGAAAAUUCAUUUGGCAGAGUUUCGACCAUCCCACUGACACUCUUUUAGUGGGCCAAUCGCUCCGCUUAUCAGGCCCGAAUAAGCUCGUGAGCCGGGCCUCGGUGAAAAAGAAUGCAAACGGGCCUUACAGCUUGGAAGUGAAACCGGAAAUAUUCGGUAUCUAUAACAGAACCAAGCUUGCCGUAGAAUUAGCUUGGUUUGAUUUCAGAAAUAGCACUUUGGAAUCAGUAAAAUUGAACAGCGGAAAUCAAAGGGUGAAGUUGGACUACAGAUUGGCUAAAUCAACAACAAGAAGUUCCCAUGUUAUGGCGUUUACUAAAAUCAACACAACUUUAACAUACCUUCGGCUAGAGAUAGAUGGAAAUCUCAAGGCCUACACUUUCUACGAAGACAAAGAAGAAGACAGAUUCCGUUGGCGCGUAACUUAUAACAUGCUUUAAGAAUAUGCUUUUGCAUAUCAGAAUUAUAGCUUUAUAAUAUAAGGAUUUUCAUAUUCAGAACAAUAAUAAGUGGAUAAAACGAGUGGUUCCACAGCUAUUCCAAUAGGUUAGGGAUUCCUAUGUAGAGCUAGAAUUUUAUUUCCUUUCUUUUACUUUUUUUUUGGUUGAGGGUUGUGUUUUAUUUAUGAUUUCUAUUUUUUUUCCGAUUGAAGCGUGUAUUUUUAUUAUGUUUUCUAUUUAAGAGAUGCUUUGUCAACUGUGA